GCCUCUUUUUCUGCCAGCUUGCAGCGCGUUUGGACGUGUUUCUCCAAGUGCGAUUUAUAAAAUAAUUUAAAACAUGUCUGAGACAUUGCAAUUGCGCGGUACCCUCAUCGGCCACAAUGGCUGGGUUACCCAAAUCGCCACCAACCCCAAGGAUCCCGACACCAUCAUCUCGGCUUCCCGUGACAAGACCUUGAUUGUCUGGAAAUUGACCCGCGAUGAGGAUACCAACUACGGUUACCCCCAGAAGCGUCUCUACGGACACUCCCACUUCAUCAGCGAUGUUGUGCUGUCCUCCGAUGGUAACUACGCUCUGUCUGGUUCCUGGGAUCAGACUCUGCGCCUGUGGGAUUUGGCUGCCGGCAAGACCACUCGCCGUUUCGAGGGACACACCAAGGAUGUGUUGUCUGUUGCCUUCUCCGCUGACAAUCGUCAGAUCGUCUCCGGAUCUCGCGACAAGACCAUCAAGCUGUGGAACACUCUGGCUGAGUGCAAGUUCACCAUCCAGGAGGAUGGCCACACCGAUUGGGUGUCGUGCGUGCGUUUCUCGCCCAACCACUCCAACCCCAUCAUUGUGUCUUGCGGCUGGGAUCGUACCGUCAAGGUCUGGAACUUGGCCAACUGCAAGUUGAAGAACAACCACCACGGACACAACGGUUACCUGAACACCGUCACCGUUUCGCCCGAUGGUUCUCUCUGCACCUCCGGUGGCAAGGACUCCAAGGCUCUGCUGUGGGAUCUGAAUGACGGCAAGAACCUGUACACUCUGGAGCACAACGACAUUAUCAAUGCCCUGUGCUUCUCGCCCAACCGAUACUGGUUGUGCGUUGCCUACGGUCCAUCGAUCAAGAUCUGGGAUCUGGCAUGCAAGAAGACCGUCGAGGAGCUGCGCCCUGAGGUUGUGUCGCCCACAUCCAAGGCCGAGCAGCCCCAGUGCCUGUCGUUGGCCUGGUCCACCGAUGGCCAGACUCUGUUCGCUGGCUACUCUGACAACACCAUCCGUGUCUGGCAAGUGUCUGUAUCAGCUCACUAAACGGACGACGCUGCAAAUUUUGUAUUUAGUUUUUGACAUCGCAUGUAUAGUUCAAAUCCGUGUCGCAAUAUCGGAUUUGAUUAUGCCACAAAACGUAAAUAAAGCGACGAUUCUAUAAA